AUGGGCAAUUGCUGCGCGAAGCCCGGGCAUCCCCCCCCAUCGAGCGACAAGAAGGCCAAGAAGACCAAGAACUUCAACCCCUUCUCGGAGGAAUUCUACUCGGCGUCCCUCGGGUCCGGGGCUGAGGGGAAGCUCCAGGUCCUGAGCGACCCCACGGGCCGGGAGAUUGGCGCCAAAUACGAUCUCGGCCGGGAGCUGGGGCGGGGCGAGUUCGGGGUCACGUACCUCUGCACGGAGACGUCCACGGGGGAGAAGUUCGCGUGCAAGUCGAUAUCGAAGAAGAAGCUGAGGACCGCGGUGGACAUCGAGGACGUGAGGCGGGAGGUCGCGAUCAUGAAGCACCUCCCGCCCCACCCGAACAUCGUCUCGCUUAGAGACACCUUUGAGGACGACGCGGCAGUGCAAAUCGUGAUGGAGCUGUGCGAGGGUGGUGAGCUGUUCGAUCGGAUUGUGGCUCGAGGCCACUACACAGAGCGCGCGGCCAGCACCGUGAUGAGAACCAUCGUCGAGGUGGUUCAGAUGUGCCACCGGCACGGGGUGAUGCACCGCGACCUCAAGCCCGAGAAUUUCCUGUUUGCAAACAAGAAGGAAGCUGCACCACUUAAAGCCAUCGACUUCGGAUUAUCAGUCUUCUUCAAACCCGGUGAGCGUUUCAACGAGAUAGUGGGUAGCCCUUACUACAUGGCGCCGGAGGUUUUGAAGCGUGACUAUGGCCCUGAGGUUGAUAUAUGGAGCGCCGGAGUUAUACUCUACAUUUUACUCUGCGGGGUCCCUCCUUUUUGGGCUGAAACUGAACAAGGGGUGGCUCAAGCAAUUAUCCGCUCCGUGGUCGACUUUAACAGGGACCCUUGGCCUAGAGUCUCGGAGGCUGCAAAGGACCUUGUGAAGAAGAUGCUUAACCCUGACCCAAGCAAGAGGCUUUCAGCUCGGGAAGUUCUUGAACAUCCUUGGUUGCAAAAUGCCAAGAAGGCGCCGAAUGUCUCCCUUGGGGAGACUGUGAAGGCAAGGUUGAAACAGUUCUCGACAAUGAACAAGCUCAAGAAGCGAGCUUUAAUGGUGGUUGCCGAGCACUUAUCAGUCGAAGAAGUCGCAGGCAUAAGAGAGGCCUUCGCAAUGAUGGAUACUAGCAAACGGGGCAAGAUCAACCUCAACGAACUCAGGGUCGGGUUGCAAAAGCUUGGACAGCAGGUGUCUGAUACUGAUCUUCAAGUCCUAAUGGAAGCAGCUGAUAUUGAUGGAGAUGGAACCUUGAACUAUGGGGAGUUCAUGACGGUCACAGUUCACAUCAAGAAGAUGACCAAUGAUGAGCACCUUCAUAAAGCUUUCUCGUUCUUUGACAAAAAUAAUAGUGGUUUCAUAGAAUACGAAGAGCUUCAGGACGCUCUGAAUGAUGAAGUGGAUACCAGCAGUGAUGACGUUAUCAACGCCAUCAUGCACGACGUGGACACUGACAAGGAUGGAAAGAUUAGCUACGAGGAGUUUGUGGCCAUGAUGAAAGCGGGGACGGACUGGAGAAAGGCUUCCCGACAGUAUUCUCGGGAGAGAUUCAACAGCCUCAGCCUGAAGUUAAUGCGAGACGGAUCAUUCAACAUAGCCAAGGAAGGUAGAUGAUUGGAAACAUUUAUUAAGGGGUAAUACACCAACUCGAGCUCGGCUGAAUAGAGAGGGGAAACCCUUUUUGAUGAACUCCUCGGCGCUGAAACAACUGAUACGAGGGUUGAGAUACUCGAUCGAAGUCAUGGCAUGGUUGGAACCAGGGAGCCGGUUCUAUCAACUUGGUUCUUCCUUAAUGGCAGCAGUUCGAGGAAUUGUCUGUUUUAAGAUAGUUGCAGGAAUAGAGAUAAUUCCGAGGUUGGCGGUGAAAUUAUAGGGUUGUCAAUGCAAAGUACACAAUAUGAAUGUAAAUAACAGUCAAUUUGUUGUA